CGAAUCCUGACAAUACAUGGUACGUUCUUAGUCACUCCUAUAAAGAUGGGUCGGACACUCAGUGGUCAUCAUUUAGCUCAGUAUUUGCUCAGUGACAACAACCUCCAAAAUGUACAAAUUGUUCGUGUUCACCUGCAUGCUGGCAAUGGCAGCAGCGGCUCCUAACCCAGCGUUGUACUACAGCUCUCCGUACACGGCUGCGUACACCGCGCCCCUAGCGUACUCCGCGUACACAGCGCCCCUAGCGUACUCCGCGUACACAGCACCCCUGGCCUACUCCGCGUACACAGCACCAGUGGCGUACUCCUCCUCAUACUCCUAUGGAGUUUCCUCGCCUUACUACUUCUUCAAAUAAGCAGUGUUUCUUUAAAACGAGUAUUUUAGCGAACAAAUAAAUUAUUUAGUGUUACUUGCA